AUGCUAUCCACUAAUUGCCACUAUUUCUCGCUGAAAGUGGUUUUGCUAUCACUGUUCAUUGUUGUUUUAACACUUUCGAAUAACUUUGAUUUCGUCUCUGGUGAAACUUUCAAUGUUUAUUCGUGGGGUUUAAAUCUAGACGGACAAACAGGAUUAGAUUAUCCAACACCAAACGGAUUUACCUUUUCCUAUUACACUCCUGUGGUUAACAAUUACAUGACUUCUAUUUUAUUCCAAAAUUCGAAUGCACUCUACGAAAGUAUCUACAACAUCCCAACAAAACCAUCCGAAAUACAAAUUUCACUCAACUCUAUUAUUCCAGGUCUACAGUUCAACAUGUAUUGGCUAACUUUUACCAAUUCGUCAUCAGGCGAAUCUGUUGAUCAAUUAUUUUCGUGUGGAGACAAUUCGAAUAGUUGUGCUGGACUAAGAGGACCAAAGUUUACAACAGAAUUACAAGUUUUAUAUGAAUAUUCAUACAUUUCUUUUAGAAGAGUUACAGAAGGAACCAUUCCAAACAAGAGACUUCAUUCUGUUGAUUGUAUGGGUUCAUGUAUUGCUUGUACGAAAGAUGGCUUUGUUUAUACGAAACCAGUGAAUCAAUAUUUUUGGAAUUCUGUUGAAAUUCCAUCUGGUUUGAUAGAUUCUCUUGGAUUUAAUGUUUCUAACAAGUGUGAAAAGGUUUCCAUUGGUGGCACAACUUCAGAUACAUUUUUUGUAAUGACACAAUCAGGACAUGUAUUCUCGUGGGGUGAUUACAAUUAUGGAAUGAGAGGCUAUGAAGAUUUAGAAAAUUCUGGAGCUUCCCCAUAUCUUGUUUCGUCUAUUUUCGGUGCCUAUGAAAUUGGAGCUCUUAAAAAUUAUGAUAAUCCAGUUCCUGCUGGAUUGGGAGUUUUGGCAUUUCUGAACGAAACUGGAUUGUUCGUUAUUGGAAAGAAUAGUUAUGGAUUAUUUGGAAUUCCACCUGAUGACCUAAUCAAAUUAGUUCCAUACAUGUCAAUUGACAGAGUAGCCAUUGGUUCAAGACUUUUGAAAAUAUUUUUUGGUUAUGCCACAAUUUUGGCAACAACUGAUAAUGGAAGUGUUUAUGCAUUUGGAGGAAAUAAUUAUGGACAAGUCAAUGCAGAUCUUACAGCAUUUAUUGAUGAUGUGAGGCAACUAUAUGGUGGACAAGCUACUGAUUGUUCUUGUUCACGUCAUGCUUGUGCUUGUAGAGUUGGUGUUAAUAUUGUGACCUGGGGAGAUAUGUCAGAAAGGGGAAGGAUAGUAGGUAAUGAUUUUGAUGUUCUUAGUUUUGGAGAAAGUAUUUCUAAAUUUGGUUUAUUGGAUAGAGGAGGUUUUGCUAUUUCAGAUAGUAAUAAGUUCUAUUCUUGGGGAAGCAAUGAUAAUGGUUUCUUAUGUUUGGGAGACAAGUUUAUCCAAACAAAACCCAAGUUACUAUUCACUGCCAAUUACAAUUUGAAGCAAUUGGUGAGUGGAGACUCUUGUUCCUAUUCUCUUGGAGAAAGUGGUGGAAAUGCUGUUGUAAACAUGUGGGGAAAGUGUACUAAUGGUUUAGAAUUUGGAUUGACUCCUAUUGGUUUAACAUCUUUCUAUAAUUUGACAUCUUUGGAUAAGAGUGUCAAUUUGCUAGAUUUGAAAUAUUCUCAAAUGUCCAUGUAUAGUUUGCAUGCUGCUUUCCUUUCAGAAACUCCAAGAAAAACUUACACAAUUGGAUCAGCAGCUGACCACAGAUUGGGAACUGAAGAUUUAAUUGAUAGAAAUGCCCUUUUCAAUGUUGACACCCAAACCUUCCUCAAUGAUGAGAUUAUCCAAGUUUCUGCUGGUUUCGACCAUACUCUUUACUUUACAAAGAAUGGUUAUUUAAUGGGUUCUGGUAGUAAUGAGUUUAAACAAUUGGACUCAAGCAGUAUUACUAAUUUCACUUUGGUGAAUAUUAGUACCUCUGUUAUCGAACAAGCUGGUGAACGAAUUGUUCAAGUGGCUGCUGGAAAAAAGACAACCUUUGUCUUGACAGAUGCUGGUAAUGUUUGGGGAAAGGGAUUGAACGACCAACAGCAAAUUUAUAAUAUGGUGUUUAGUCCACUGACAGAAUUUGAGAAACUUGUAAAACCUGGUUCCCUCAAUUUUACCAGAUUGGCUGUUGGUAAUGCUGCAAUUAUGUGUGAAAAUGGAGGAAAUGCAUUUCAAUUUAUCAAUGGUGGUAUGACUGCUAGGUUACUCUAUCCAGACAAGUGUCAGGAUGUGUUUGCCAAAGAUGACAUUUAUUACAUUAUUACAACAAAUGGAAGGGUGUAUUCUGUUGGAUCUAAUGAAUAUAAUCAAAUAGAUACUGGAUAUGGAUUGGAUGCUACAACAACCAUUCCAAACAUGAUCUUUUCUCCUUCAAAAAUUGGUGGAAUACCCAAAAUGAUAUCUAUUGGAAAUGGAUUUACAAGCGUGGGAGUUUUAGUUCCAUCAUUCACUUGCAAUGGAAAGAAUUUCAGUAACUCAACAGUUUGUAAUGGAAGAGGAUUUUGCUAUGCACAAGAUCAGUGCAGUUGUGAAACCAGUGGUUGGACAGGGUCAGAUUGUCAAAUACCGAUUUGCCCAAACACUGAAAGUGGUCUACCAUGUGAUGGAAAAGGAACAUGCAUUGGUCCAAACGAAUGCAAAUGCAAUACAGGAUAUUAUGGAAGUAGAUGUGAAACCUAUUAUUGCUUUGGAAUUCAGCAGUUUUCAUUUGGAAACUCUGCAUUAAAACCAUGCAACAAUAGAGGUACCUGCAUUGCACCAGACACUUGUCAAUGUACUGAUCCUAAUUAUUAUGGAGAUGCUUGUCAAUUCAAAAAAUGCUUUUCUGAUAAUGGAGCUAACUCAAAGAGGAAUACAUUUGCAGAUCGAUUGUGUAAUGAUAUUAAUGUGCAAAUGUUGGAUAUUCCAAAGCCAAAAUCAACUGGAGAUAUGAGUGGUCAACCUAUUAUCACAUAAUUUAAUUUGAAAUUCAUUACAAUUUGGAUAAUUACUUUCAAAAAUAAUAAAUUGUACUAGCUGGCAAGUAUAUCUACUGG